AUGGAACUUAUGGAAUUAGUCGAGAACGAGCCUACUGCCCGUCCCUUUCAGUGCGACUGGCAGUCAUGCACAAAGAGCUUUAAUCGAAAGUCCGAUCUGCAAAGACAUUAUCGUAUACAUACUAACGAGAGGCCUUAUGCUUGCUCCAUUCCAGGAUGUGGAAAAAGCUUUAUCCAACGAAGCGCCUUGACCGUCCAUAUUCGCACACAUACUGGGGAGAAACCCCAUCAAUGCCAGCACAUUGGCUGUGGCAAGCGAUUCUCUGAUUCAUCGAGUCUUGCUCGACAUCGACGUAUACACACUGGAAAACGUCCCUAUAAAUGCGCUCAUGAUGGUUGCUCCAAGAGCUUUUGCAGAAAAACCACCAUGGUUAAGCAUCAACGGAGAUCACACCAGCAAGGAAUGAACCCCAACGACAUCGACGAUUGCUCCUCGGACUCUGACGAUGACGAGUCUCCUUCUACUCCUCAGCACUCGUCCAUGACUUGGUCGCCUCACGAUAUGGUUACUAUGGGCCAACCUGUUCCAAACGGCUCGCUACAUCGUGCAUCCUCUUACGCCGACUUCGAGUCCCAGGUCCAUGGUCGCCAUAUUCCACCCCAUUAUGGUCACCGGCAUGGGGUUCCCGCACAUGAGUACCAUGGCCCUCCUGUCUCCGACCAGCAGCACACUCACGUUCAGCUUGUUCACCGAACCUCAGCCAUGCCGCGCCAGGCAUACUACGUAACUGAGCAAGGGAACCCUGGUGUUGCUACAAUGACAAGUUCUUUGCCUGCCCAUUACCACAUAUCACAGCAAGUCGAGCGACCUCCUAUGGAGAUUUAUUCGACUUCUGGAGUUCCGACAUCGAUCCAGAGCAGCCCCAGCACCUUUUCUGCUACUUCAGUUCCGAGCCCGAUGGUCCAGGACGGCUUUUAUGCGCACCAACCUGCGGCCCAGCCCGCAUACUCAGCAGCAGAAAGCCAACCGGGUAUGGUUCAGUAUCACCAACCCAUUCAACAUCACAUGGCACACCCUCAGCAGCCAGUUGUGUCGCAACCACAGCAUAUGCCUGCUACGACCGAACACUACCCUCCACCAUCAGCACACCCGCAGCAAGAACAGUGGUCCCAUUACGACCCCCCAAUCGAGGUCACAACCAUUGGACAACUACCCGCAUAUGGUAGUGCAGUAUACGAUAUAUACGCGCCAAAGCUGGAGUUCGAAGACCCUUCACUGCAACUCCCCAGCAGCAGAUUGGCGAGCAUGUGA